AUGGCGCAGUUAGGGAGAGCGAUUGCCGUCGCAUCAUCCUCGUCGUCGUCGUCGUCAUCGACGUCGUUUCUCUUUAAUCCUCUGAACGAAUUGCGACAAGCCGCUCGGUCUGGUUUCAACUCCGCCAGAAAGAACAUUUCCGAGAACAAAGACGCGAAGAAGGCAAACGCGGUGUUUUGCGCGAGCAUGAGCGCGGCGCAAUAUAAUAGCAAACAUAAUAAUAGAAGAAGUAAUAAUAAUAAGAACACGAUGAACGAAAUCAUGGUUCCCAUCCGAGGAACAAACAAGUUUUUAGGCGCGAUGAUCCCGGGCGAUUCCGCCGUUGAAGUCGUCUUAACCUCCGGGUUGUUCUCCACGUUGAACAUAUACAACACUCUGUUGAUUGGAAGAUUGAUCGUCACGUGGUUUCCAGCUGCACCGCAGCAAAUCGUGUACCCGUUGGCGACUAUCUGCGACCCGUACUUGAACUUGUUCCGAGGCAUCAUUCCGCCGUUGGGCGGAAUCGACCUGUCUCCGAUUCUCGCGUUUACGGCGUUGAACUUCUUCACGAGUACGGCGGCGGCGUUGCCGGCACAAAUUGAUGGCGACGGUAACAUUGUUGGCGUCCCGGAAAAGAAGAAUGUGUUUAAAGGGUUGUUCGCGGAGAAGAAAGAGAAGCGAUAA